GGCGGCGGCGGCGGAGCUGGGCAGGUGGAUGCGGCUGGAAGAUGGCGCCCUCGGGCCCGGGCAGCGCGAGGCGACGGUGCCGGCGGGUGCUGUACUGGAUCCCUGUGGUGUUCAUCUGCCUCCUGCUCGGCUGGUCCUACUACGCCUACGCCAUCCAGCUGUGCAUAGUGUCCAUGGAAAACAUUGGCGAACAAGUUGUGUGCCUGAUGGCCUAUCAUCUGCUUUUUGCAAUGUUUGUCUGGUCGUACUGGAAGACUAUCUUUACAUUACCAAUGAAUCCUUCAAAAGAAUUCCAUCUCUCUUAUGCAGAGAAAGAGUUGUUGGAAAGAGAGCCAAGAGGAGAAGCCCAUCAGGAAGUUCUUAGGCGGGCAGCCAAAGACCUUCCCAUCUAUACCAGGACCAUGUCUGGAGCAAUCCGUUAUUGUGACAGAUGCCAACUCAUAAAACCAGAUCGCUGCCAUCACUGUUCCGUCUGUGAUAAAUGUAUUUUAAAGAUGGAUCAUCAUUGCCCAUGGGUGAACAAUUGUGUUGGAUUUUCAAAUUAUAAAUUCUUUCUCCUUUUCUUGGCUUAUUCUCUGCUCUACUGUGUUUUUAUCGCGGCUACAGAUUUACAGUAUUUUGUCAAAUUUUGGACAAAUGGCCUACCUGAUACUCAAGCCAAGUUCCAUAUUAUGUUUUUAUUCUUUGCUGCAGCUAUGUUUUCUGUCAGCUUGUCUUCUCUGUUUGGCUAUCAUUGUUGGCUUGUCAGCAAAAAUAAAUCUACAUUAGAGGCAUUCAGAAGUCCAGUAUUUCGACAUGGAACAGAUAAGAACGGAUUCAGCUUGGGUUUCAGUAAAAACAUGCGACAAGUUUUUGGUGAUGAGAAGAAAUACUGGUUGCUACCCAUUUUUUCAAGUCUAGGGGAUGGCUGCUCCUUUCCAACCUGCCUUGUUAACCAGGAUCCUGAACAACCAUCUACUCCUGCGGGACUGAAUUCAACAGCUAAAAAUCCUGAAAACCAUCAAUUUCCUGCAAAGCCAUUGAGAGAGUCCCAGAGUCACCUUCUUACUGAUUCACAGUCUUGGACAGAGAGCAGCACAAACCCGGGAAAAUGCAAAGCCGGUAUGAGCAAUCCUGCAUUAACCAUGGAGAAUGAGACUUAGCUCUUCAAGCAAAGCAAAUUCAUACUUUAUAAAAGUAUCAAUGCUGUAGAAGGAUGGAAGCAACUUCCCAUAGGAAGGUGCCAUUGGUCAGUUGUCCUAUAUUCCUUUGGCUGGAUAUGCAGAAUAUGAAUCAAUUAGUUGUCUCCAAGCUGUUGCUUAAAAUAUAACACAUUUUUGAUCCAAUAUACAGAUUGUUACAACUAACACAAAUCCCUAUUAAAUAUUAAAAUAUUUAAUUAAUUAAAUUAAUCAAUCAAAAGGGAAAAUAUCUUCUAUCAAAAACCUAGAAUAAAUUCAUGGGCCAGUUUUCAACAAAUAUUUGAGCAGCACAGUUUAUCACAUAAAACCCAUUACUCAUCUAAUUUUCUGAGUCAGAAAAUUGAGACUAUUAAGAUAUUCUUUUUCCCCCCUCUGAUGUGAGUCCAGCUUCAGACUGAGUGGCCUGUAAUAAACAUGAAUUCAUUACAAAGUCCAAAGUCCAAGUGACCUACAGUUGAAGAACCCCAUCCAUUUUUGCCAGACUAAUCUAAUUCCAGUCUUUGUUCCCUGCUGGAAAAUAAAGGUGAACAUUGAAGCUUGGGCUCACUGAUAAAGCAACUGGCUAAAAAAACUUUUGUCAAAACUAAUACAUUACUAUUACAUCAGAAAUAUAUUUUCAUCUCUUCUAGGGGGAAAAUUCACAAUAACAAUUAUGAAAAUUGUUUUAUGGCAUUCUUUUAUCUGUUUGGCUUUUUAGAAAUCUCUUUUUAGGUUAUUUCUCCUCUUGAACAUAGUAAAAAUACCGAAUUUCUGUUAAGAAUUCCUAAUAGGUCAACAGAUUAAUCCUCUGUUGAUACCUAUAUUAUGUGUGUCCUCUCAUCAAAACUAUGAUAGUUAAACUAUAUUUUUCUUCAAACACCCAUUAAGAUUAAAUUAUGCAAAUCAUUAAACAAAAAUCAUGUAAUUUUGGAAAUUGAGUUUAACAGGAACUAAAUGGCAUGCUAUUUGGAAAUUUAGUUUAACAUAAACUAGAGUGGUGUGUCUGUUGAUGCCAAAAUGUUCAGCUUCAGUAUAUAUAUUAAUACUAAGAAGCUCUUGUGCCUUGUAUGCACUAUUUAAAAAAAGAAAAAAGUUUUAUUUUUUUUUUAUUUGAAUGAAGUAUACAUUUUGUAAAAGUUAACAAUUAGAAUAAGCUGUAUACUUUUUUGGUACUGAUUUUGAGUAUUUAAAGCAGAUUACCUUUUAAAACUACACAGCUAAGUAACUGGUAUUUAAUCAAAGAGAAAAUGGUAUUUAAUCAAAGAGAAAAUGGUAAUACAUUUUCCAAAAUCUUUGUUAAGACAAAAAUUCAACACAAAAUAAACUAGAAGACCAGAAGAUAAUGGAGUAAAAGAUCUGUACAAUUACUCAUCCUUGCUAAAAAUGUAGUUUUAUAUUAAAUGUGCUUAUGAAUGAACCAAUGUCAGAAAUGAACCAUCUUAUAGUUCACUGAAUGCAAUUCUUUGAACAGUAGGAUGGCAGUCUUUUUCAGAUUUUUUUUUAAACUAAAGAGUUUGAUCUGACAAUCUGCUUCAAGAAAUCUCAGAAUAUACGAUACAUUUUUACUUUUAUCUUAAAGCACUUUUUGGUCAUUUUUUAUUACCUGAAGUGCCAGACUGGAACUUAUGUAUAAGCUACUGCUAGAAGUCUUAAGGUAACAGCAGCACAUGAUGUAUUAAGAAUUAUAUGCAGCCAGAUUUUUUUUUUUUUCAAAGCACAUUACUAUAGCUGUUUUCCUGGACAGGAUUGUUAGGUAAUCCCUUUUGCCAAACUGAAAGCUAGAAAAGAUGGAAUUUUUAUUAUCCUAUACUCUGCUACAGUACUGUUAAUCUACCCCCUUCCCUUCGGUCUUUUAUGUAAUUAUUUAAAUAUAUAAGUCAAUACAGAUUAAAAGCAGAUUUCAAAAAGUUUUUAAAAAAUUAAAAAUUUUCAUUAUUGUAAUGGUUCCCUUUCUGUUUUCAUACAGUGAAUAACCUUCAAAGGGUUUUUUGUUCAGUUUUGUUUUUAAUUGUAACAGGUUAUAAUUUUUAGAGAUGAUGUAUGCUCAUUUAAUAUGCAGUAUAAAUUUAUCUGAGUGAA